AAGAGAAGAAGCCUCAUCACAUAAACUUGAUCUGCUCUGUCUCUCUUUCUUACACGCACGCACACAAACACGCACUCUUAUGGCUUGCCCCGUCCAUGGAAUCCCGAGGACUGCAAUGUGGAGCGGUCGCGCCACAGCGGCACACCGCCGCCGCCUCCCCCUCGCCGUCAGAUCCGCCUCCACUCGGCCGCAAGCUGAGCCGGAGGAGACGACCGGCGCGGCGGCCGCGCAGUUCGACCUCAAGUCGUACAUGGCCGACAAGACCCUGCGUGUGGACGCCGCCCUGGACCGCGCUGUUCCCCUCUGCCACCCUGCGCGGCUGUACGACUCCAUGCGCUACUCCCUCCUCGCCCCUGGCAAGCGCGUCCGCCCUGUGAUCGCCCUUGCCUCCUGCGAGCUGGUGGGCGGCCCCGAGGGCGCCGCCAUGCCCGUCGCCUGCGCUGCUGAGAUGAUGCACGUCAUGUCCCUCAUCCACGACGACCUCCCCUGCAUCGACAACGACGACCUCCGCCGGGGCCGGCCCUCCAACCACCGCGCCUUCGGCGUGGGCACCGCCCUGCUCGCGGGUGACGCCCUCGUCUCCCUGGCUUUCGAGCACGUCGCCACCCGCACCACCGGCGUGCCGGCCGAGCUGGUGCUCAGCGCCGUCUCGGAGCUCGCUUCCGCCAUGGGGCCGAAGGGGCUGGUGGCGGGCCAGAUCAUGGACAUCGAGAGCGAGGGACAGGCCGUGGGCCUCGACGUGCUCGAGUUCAUCCACCUGCACAAGACGGGGAGGCUGCUGGAGGCGGCGGCGGCGUGCGGGGCGAUCGUGGGCGGCGGCAGCGACGCCGAGGUGGACCGCGUCCGCCGGUACGCACGCUGCGUGGGCCUGCUGUUCCAGGUGGUGGACGACAUCCUGGACGUGACGAAGACGUCGGAGGAGCUGGGGAAGACGGCCGGGACGGACGUGGCGAGCGGCAAGACGACGUACCCCAAGCUCAUCGGCCUGGAGAAGGCGCAGCAGCUGGCUCGGACGCUGGUACGGAACGCGGAAGCAGAAUUACAUGGGUUCGAUUGCGUCCGGGCGUUGCCGCUGCGACGUCUCGCUCACUACGUCGCCGACCGCCACAACUGAAGCCAAUGCCUUCCCCCAUCACUUCGUCGUUCUCGCUCUGUGUUUUCCUCCUGUUGAGUGAUCACUAAAGAACAAAGGAAUCUUUGGGGCGUCAUAAACAACGAAUGAAGACACCGCAAGUGCUCGCAAUUUUGUCGAACACUUGCAGUGCUCAACAGCCAGCCAACUGUUCGUUCAUGCUGCCUUUUCUUUGUUCCAAAUUGCUGCGUGUAUGAGAAAAAGAAGAAGAAAUUAAACAUUUAAAAGCUGUA